AUUGCUUACACGUAGUCAAUACCACACCUGAAACGAGAGCCAUGGCGCGAUUUAAAACUAGAGGAGAUUUAGAGGCAAAAUUUAAUGAGCUAGGAAUUACAACCAAGACAAUUGAGCACCAAGAGGUUUUUACUGUUGAAGCCAUGAUGUCUCAGCCUGAGCUACAAAACUUGAAAGGGACAGCUGCAAAAAACCUCUUCCUGAAGGACAAAAAGAAAAAACUUUGGCUCUGCUCCGCUGUGCACGACAGAAACAUAAAACUGAAUGAACUGGCAAAAAUGGUUGGGGCCCCUGGUGGACUAAGACUUGCAGAUGAGGAAAUCUUAUUUGAUAAACUUGGCGUGAAGCAAGGGUGUGUGACAGCAUUUGCAUUGAUCAAUGACACAAAUAACGAUGUGAAUUUCAUUGUAGAUGAGGAUUUAGUCAAUGGCAAACAUGAGAUGAUAUAUUUUCACCCCUUGUCUAAUGCAGCAAGUACUGGGAUCACGCCCUCAGAUUUUAUGAAAUUUUUAGAUGACAUAAAUCAUAAGCCUAUCAAGGUGAAAUUUGAGGACCAGACAUAAGUUUAUUUGAUGCUUAUUGAUUGCUUACAGUGCAUACAACAGUACAUGUGAAAUUCUUGAGCCAAGUUAUAUAAAUGUUCACAGCAUGCUAUAUCUUGAAUAUAAAGCAAAUUUGUAGUGUCUUAGUACCACAUACAACAAUUCUGAGUAGACUAAAUGAAAUUUAACUGACAUGACACUGAUCAGAUUCAUGUAUAAUUAGGAAACGCCUCAAAAAGAAAAAUGCUCCAGGAAAUAGAAGUACAUUGCAAAUCAGCAUGCUUUGGUAAUCUAGGUUGUUGUCUACUAGUAUACCAGUCAUUUCCCUUUACCCCAUUAUCCUUUUCUCCUUGUCAUUAUUUCGGUCUGCUAAACACACAGCACAUUUACCUGUAUAUCAGGCAUCUUGUUUGCAAAUCAAUUUUUUAGAUUCGAAUCAGCAAUGUCUUAUACAGUUCUCACCUUGCAAUAUUAAUGUUGAAGCAGAUUCUCUGAGCAUCAAUUUAGAACAAAUGCUACACAGCUUUAAUAAAGUUUGAGUCAAAACUUUUAUGAACUAGA